AUUUUCAAUGGGAAUAACUCUCGAAGGACUUUUAGACAAGAGCUACCUUGAGGUAGAUCUCCGUAAAGAGUUACUCGAGAGCCCAUCAAGAACCACUUAAGAGCCCCAACGUUGGCUAAGAGAUAAUUCUUAUUGGAGAGUAGUGGGAGAGUAAUUGUAAUUCGUAAGAGCUCCAAAUGUACAUACUUUCAGAUUCUCCUACUACUUCCAUUUAAAAUUGGAGUAAUCAGUUAUAAAAUCUCAAUCAUUUCAUCUUACAUGCAAAUUUGAUCACUCCAAAACCUCCCUCUCCGUACUCCGUAAUAAAAUAAAAAUGCAUCCAACACACCACCAGCAACAGUCGCCUCAAACACCAAGCAAAACCACCAACGAUAUCUGUUACCGGUGUAAUAAGGCGGGUCACUGGGCUAAGAACUGCCCUGAAAGUUCAGUCAACAACCGGAGUCCUUACAAGAAUCGGACCCCCAUUUUUCAUCCUACUCGCACCUAUGAUUAUCCGGCCACUCACUGCCCUUGCGGUGCCGGGUUUUGCGAAAUCCGUGUCUCUGCCAGCAAGAACAACCCCAACCGCGAAUACUACGUUUGCCCCGGCAAAUUUGAAAAUCAUUGCGACUAUUUUAAAUGGUGCAAUAAGAUGACGAUGGAUGAAAUUCGUGCGGUUCCACCCGAAAAACCAUUUCCAACGUGUGGAUGUGGGGCAGGGGUUUGUACAGUUGAAGCUGAAGAUGGGCAUAGUUAUUUCGUCUGUCCUAUUGAAAAGGGACAGGGAGCUUGUCAGUUUAAGCAAGGGAUGGAAGAGGGUCAAGAAUUAGAUUACCUGAGCUUUGAAUCAGAAAUUCAAAUUGACGCAGCGGUGAGGCGCGCUCUUGUUUUUCCCUCAGAAGAGAAUCAAGUACAAAUAGAGAAUGGAGUGGACGGGUCGUCUGGUGUAGCAGAUGGGAUAUCACCAGGAUCCCUUACAGUCCUUCAUUCAGCUAAAAACAAUAUUUCAGGAAACGGAUUAGAUUCAGUGAUGACAACUGAAAAUAAUAACAUUUUACUGAAUAUGGAUGGAUCCCUGGUGAAGAAUGUUGAAGCAUCUGUUAUCAUAACUUUAGCACCACUUGAAAAUCCAAUUUCAUGUGGUUUGCCUUAUGAAAAGUCGCAUUCGGAAGGCUCUCUGAAGUUGGAUAUACUUGUCCCAAAACAGCCAGUGCUGAAAGACGGGCAAAAUGAAGUCAAUUUUGCGACAGGCACUACCUUACAGGAUAUGUCCUUUGAGUUGGAAGAGGAGUUAUGGUGUUGCCAGGUGGAGAAUUCUUCUAUUCACAGAGAAAACUUACUUCAGGUCACGAAAACCAUGUCAGAGCGCAUGCAAGGAGAGCAAGCAGGCUGGGUUUGAGAAAGCAAUGGGUCAUCAAAGUGAAGUGUGCAUUUGCAAUCUUCAAUGCGAGUUGUGCGUCGAUUGUCUCCGAAAAUGAAGUGACAAUUCCUUAUAUGUAUAAACUACUUUGUAAUAUGUAGUGUAUGUUCUUUGUAACCAGCUAGUUCUGUGUAAGUGUGUAACGUAGUGAAUGUGUCAUAUAUAACUGAUGUAAGUUAAAGUUGUAUGUAACAAACUGAACUUACGGCAGCAUGUACACCAUUAGAUGCUA